AAACGCUAACUAAACUGUGUAUUUUCACUCCUGGCUGCUCAUCAAUUGAGUGCAAGUGCGCGAGAGCCUGCCUUGAGGAAUGUCGAGAGGUGGUUCCGGAUAUGAUAGGCACAUAACCAUCUUUAGUCCAGAAGGCAGGCUCUUUCAAGUUGAGUAUGCAUUCAAGGCAGUGCGGACUGCUGGAGUUACCAGCAUAGCGGUGCGAGGAAAGGACUCUGUUGUAUUUGUGACGCAGAAGAAAGUCCAGGACAAGUUAAUAGAUCCCACUAGCGUCACGCGGUUAUUUAAAAUUACAAAAUAUGUCGGCAUGCUGGUGACAGGACUUCCCGCGGACACGCGGGCUAUCGUGCAGCAGGCAAGGCAGCAGGCAGCUGACUUCCGGUUCAAGUUUGGGUAUGAAGUUCCCGUCGACUAUCUGGCUAAGGUACUUGCGGACAAGGCACAAGUUUAUACGCAGCACGCGUACAUGCGACCGCUGGGCGUGAUAUCGAUGCUGAUUGGCAUCGAUGAGGAGCGCGGGCCACAGCUGUUCAAAGUGGAUCCCGCUGGCUACUAUGUGGGGUAUAAAGCGACUGCAGUGGGCGUAAAGGAGACAGAAGCGCACAACUUCCUUGAGAAGAAGCUGAAGGGCAACCCCGCGCUUAGCUACGAUGAGGCGGUCAUUACUGCAAUUUCAGCCUUGCAGGGUGUUUUGAGUGAGGAAUUCAAGGCGGCGGACCUGGAAGUGGGGGUGGUGCGCAAUGGGCCUGACGGCAGCGACAGAGCCUUCCGAGUUUUAACUACCGAGGAGGUAGAUCACUUCCUCACCAUCAUAAGUGAGAGGGACUAGAGGACGACUCGGUGGAGGCCAGUCAGGCUGCAAGUCCGCAUGGACGGGACGGGGCGCGUGCAAGAAGUUAUGGUGGUGAUGGCGUCUACUAUCUGGUGGAGGAGGGUUUAUGCAUGUUCAGCAUACGAAUGCAGUAGCAGGUUCAGGUUGUUUGCGUAGCAUGAUGUGGGUUCACCAGGUGUACGGCAACUAGGACGCCUUGGGGCGCAUUGAGCAGCCCAGACGAAGCUUUAUUAGCUGUCAAUGAGCAAGGCUUGUCAGUCGUGGCUGCUGUCUGGGCGUACGGGUUAUAGCUCAGGCUUCCCAGUCUCACAUCCUUCAGUUGGGUGAAGUACGACAAAUGUAGGUUGUACGCAAGGAACUGUUUUGGUGCGGGUAUGAGGCAUCGUGCUGGGCGAGCUUGUCAGUUGUUGGUAUCAGGUCGUUUCACCUUCCAAAGAAGCUGGCGUGCUGAGUUCCGGCGUAGAUAUGAUACGUGACAGCGUCAUGCGGGUGCCGGUUCUAGGGUACCAGUUCCCGCGCCUGGCGGAGGUGAAGGGGUGCUGGCCUGCAGUUGGCAGGCCCGUUGUUUGGACUCCAGCCGUAAACCUGAUUAUGCGAGGAUAUCCGUUAAGUCCUUGUAAGUCUCGCAUCCUAUUGGUAUAUAGCUGCCAUCUAAUUGGCAAUUAAUGUCAAAAGGCUUCCUCACAUUUGUCGGCGCAAGUUGUCUACGCUAUUCGGAACUUAAAAAACAUGACCAACCGUUGGACGAAUAUUCAUAAAUAUCUGUUAAAGCAAUGUGCUUACCUUGCUUGGAUUUUGGCAGUUGUCAAGGUAACGUGGCUUAAAACCUGACUGACGUGUACAACGAUUUAUACGGCCAUCAUGAUUGCAUUGCUGCAAUGCCCAUAGGUUCUUUCCUGCCAGAACUAGUUUAUUGCGGUGCGAAGCUUUGCACCAACCUUCUCCUAUGUUCAUAGCGUUCGCGUAUAUUCUCCCGCCUAGUAACUGACAAAACAACGUGUCAGGCGCAUCUGGGCCUUAAAAACCAUGGAAAAUGGAAACCAACUCGAACGUUUUGCAAAUGGUGAAGCGUUGCUGCAAGAGGACGUUGGGCCACGAGCACCCGGGCUGCGACUCCGAGCAGCCAAUCGGGGCACUCGGGGCACUUUGAAGCUGGCCAUUGUCUGUGGAGCUAGCCUUGUCCUGAUCUAUUUAUUUGCUUUUAAGGACAUAACGUCUU